GCUAACUGCAGCAUCAGUUGAUUCGAGCAUCAUUUAUUUCGUUGUUUAUCUUUUCAGUGCACAAAAAUUCAAGAUGACAGUUUUCCUCAUGUGCGGGUCUUAAUUCCGUGUUGGAUUUUAAGCUCUUUUGUUCAAAGUGGAAGUAGGAACAGUUGUGCCCUCAUGGGCAGCGUUCUGGCUUUGUCUUCCAAUCCAGGCCAUCAGCACUGGCCUUUCUCCACGGAUCCCUCUCCUUCUCGCUGGGACGCACAUCCUGCUCACUGGGACAGUCCACCACGCUGGGAGAGAAGAGAUGGCCGCCUACCUAACCCUGGGAGUUUUCACUCUCUGCAUAGGAGCUGCAAAGAUGUGUUUCCUCAGCAGAUUGAGGGAGUCAAGAUGAUUAUUAACAAAACUCUGAGUAGUUUCUUCAAGGUCAGUCAUACUCUUCACCUCAGUGCCGUUAGCCCUUCUUACUAUCGAUUCCAUGUUGAACAUCUGCAGUCGGAUGAUUACAGCAAAGAUAAGGAUGCACCAGCAUUGAUUGGUGAGAUGGAUUCUUCAGGGAGUCUCAACGCUCAUGCUUUGCUGCAUCUCACUGAGCGUGUACGAGCUAGAACAGUCUUCCAGACCCAGCAGUCUCAGUUUGUAACGUGGCAAUUUGAAACUGAGUACAGAGGAAAUGACUUCACUGCAGCUGUGACAGUAGCCAACCCAGACAUCCUCAGAGAGUCAGUCAUCCUUGUGGCACACUUCUUGCAGAGUGUUUCCUCUGGUCUGGUGUUAGGAGGGGAGCUGGUCUACCAUCGAGGCCGAGCAGAAGAAGGAGGAAUUCUUACUUUGGCUGGACAGUACUCAAGGCCGAACUGGGUGGCGACACUUAAUGCUGGGAAAGGCGGUGCCCAUGCAAGCUACUAUCACAGAGCAAACAAACAGAUUCAAGUAGGAGUGGAGUUUGAAGCCAGUACGAGGACUCAGGAAACCACAACCUCAUUUGGAUACCAGAUGGAGCUACCAGAAGCUAACAUGGUCUUUCGAGGUAUGGUAAACAGUCGGUGCAUAAUAGGAGGUGUCCUGGAGAAGCGUCUGACCCCACUCCCUGCCACGCUCAUUAUGGGUGCCUUUGUGAAUCACAAAGGGGACAAACUUCAAGUGGGCCUUGGAGUCACAGUGGGAUAAUCCAUCCAUUCAGCCCUGCUGGUAAAACAACUUGCUGUUCAAGUAACCAUCCAGAAACCUGUUCAGGUGAUGAACUGAUCCACUGACGUUUAUCAGUCUCACUAAACCACCUGAAUUUGAUGGAUUUUUUGGGUAUAAAAUCCCCAAAUGUUUCAUCUCAUGUUUUUUUCCUACCUCUCAAAAUGGAGGUGAUGUUUUCUGAAAAGAGGACUAAACUGGAUGAACUGAUGAACAUCUCAAGGGGUCAACAGCUGUGACUGGUCAGAUUUUACUGCCCCUCUGAUUUUAUAACCUAAAACUAGACUGCACAGCUCUUUCUCAGAAAGGAUAAGAAGCAUAAUGUACUGUAUAUUAAAGUGAGUUUUAUACUGUAUGCAGUACUAAAGAAAUGUGUACAUAGAUUGUAUGUAAGGGAAAUACUUAUGUUCUUAAAAUUUUAACCCAUAACUUAUAAACAUCACAUAGCAUUUUCUGAUGCAAAGGGUUGGUUUUAAAAUGAAUGAAUAAUUUUCUAUCUACCAGUUUGUCAUCCAGUUAUAGAUUAUGUAAGGGAUAAUGUACAGCAAGCCGGUCAGUAAACCCUGACAGGGGGAUGCAGGACCCUGGCCCAAAGUGGAGAGGUCUUGAAUCAUCUAGUCCCAACCAGUAAAUCACAUUUUCACCACCAUCAUUGUAUGAAUAUAUGCGAUAAAAACAUUCUAAAACACUGUGUGAAUCAUAUGGAAUAAGAAAAAUCAUUUGAUUUAAUGCCACUGUACAUUCACAGUCAGUAUGCAGCCAUUUGGCCAAUCAGAUGAAGCCCUAGCUCACUGUCAGAUUAAUUGAUGUCACUUUGGUAGCGACUACAUGGUUAUUUUAUUCAUCAUGUGUCAUACUGUCAGUGAAAUAUUGAAUAUUGUUGUUAUGCAUCACAAUAUCUUACCAUCCGUCUACUUACUAAAGAGUUAACUUUUUUCAUUAAUUUAAUGAUUUUAUUGCAUCCUCUAUAAAAUACUUGGUUUCAUUCUGUGGUUAUAUCUGCAUAUAGUGUAUCAAUGGCCAAUUAAACAUAUAAUCGACCAUAGAAAGCCAUCAUUGACCAAUUACAACCAACAAAAGUUAAUAAUUUUUAUUAACAUUUUAUCAGACAUAGAUAGAGAUUACAAUGGUUCCUUCUGAGCAAUCUACAAAGAUGAGCUUUUGACAUUGCUGGUCUGAGUUAGAUUAGCUGAGUUUGCAUUAAACUCAGCAAUUAAAAGUUUAAAAAUGUCAACCACUUAAAUGUUAAAACUUUCUGUUGAAGCUGCUUGAGCAGAAAUCACGGAAAACUGACAGAAUUUGAUAAUGCACACCUUCCCUCUGCUGCUCUCUUGUCUCAGUUCAAAUCAUAAGACUAAAAAUAAUGCAUUGACUGAAAACUAAAUACAAACAUGCUAUCAUGGAAUAGAGAAAACACUUUUCCAAGUUUUUGCAUUUAGAUACAGUAUAGAGUAGUAGAGGCACGUCCAGGUCAUGUGUGAUGGAACCUGAUCGGCGAAUGACAGUUACAGCUGUCAGUCACAUGUUCAACUCCCCUACCUGUCUGACAACACCUGUGAUUAGACAAAAUCUGCAGGGUAGAGUACAUGUUUUUAUAACCUGGAAACACAGGGAAUGAGUGGGUGCAGGAGUCUCAUGUCCUCUAGAACCACUUGAAUGGCAAUAUGGGAAAAGGUAACCAUGGAAGCUGCUAGAAAACACCAGUAUGAUCCCUUCAACUGUUUGAGUAAUUGUCUUACAUAUGCAUCUUACUUUUACCAGUGUAUGUAAGUAUGUCGGAGUCACUCACACUGAUAAAUACCACGCUGACCCUCACAGAAAUGGUGCUUUUCCAUAUUUAUUAACCUCCAGCUGAAGGAUGUGAGAGUAGUUAUGCUCUGAUGCUGCUGACCUAGGACUGUACUGUAUGUGAAUAGAUGAAGAUGUGGAAACUCUGACCUGUAUGCAACAUGCACUGCUCACGCUGCUUAUGGACAUUCCCAGUCCAGUUCAACAUAUGAAAUGUUACAUAAUGUAUGUGUCAUUUAUACUGUACAUCAUGUAAUGUAAUGAUAGAAAGAAGUGGGAGGCUGUGGCAUCCAUUUUUGGAUUAAAUUAAAUAAAGAUGUUAUUGAUUAUAUAAUUACCAAUA